GCGCGGGGCGGCGGGGCGGGCGAGCCCACGGCGCGGCGUCCCCCGCGCCUCCCGCCCCCCGGCGACUGCGGAGAAUGAGCUCUUCGGGCGGCCGAGCGCAGCCGGGGAAUAAGCCCUGAUGGUCACGGGCUGAGCCCCGCGUCGCCGCAAUGUCCGUGGCCUUCGCGUCCGCCCGGCCGAGGGGCAAAGGGGAGGUCACGCAGCAGACCAUUCAGAAGAUGCUGGAUGAAAACCACCACCUGAUCCAGAGCAUCCUGGACUUCCAGAGCAAAGGCAAGACGGCCGAGUGCACCCAGUACCAGCAGAUCCUGCACCGGAACCUGGUGUACCUGGCCACGAUCGCCGACUCCAACCAGAACAUGCAGUCGCUGCUCCCUGCCCCGCCGACACAGAACAUGAGCCUGGGCCCCGGAGCGCUGGCCCAGAGCGGCUCCAGCCAGGGCCUGCACUCCCAGGGCAGCCUCAGCGACGCCAUCGGCUCGGGCCUGCCCCCGUCCUCACUCAUGCAGGGCCAGCUCGGCAACGGUCCAAACCACGUGUCCAUGCAGCAGACGGCACCGAGCACGCUGCCCACCACCUCCAUGAGCAUGUCGGGCGGCGGCCACGGCACGGGGCCCGGCUACAGCCACUCGGGACCCACCUCGCAGACCGUGCCCAUGCAGGGCCAGGGCACCAUCAGCAGCUACGUGUCUCGGACCAACAUCAACAUGCCAUCCAACCCAGUUUCCAUGAUGCACCAGCCUGCGGCCACGUCCCACUACAGCUCCGCGCAGGGCGGGAGCCAGCACUACCAGGGCCAGUCACCCAUGGCCAUGAUGGGCCAAGGCGGCCAGGGGAGCGGCAUGAUGGGACAGCGGCCCAUGGCGCCCUACCGGCCGUCCCAGCAAGGCUCUUCCCAGCAGUACCUGGGCCAGGAGGAGUACUACAGCGAGCAGUACAGCCACAGCCAGGGCGCCUCGGAGCCCAUGAGCCAGCAGUACUACCCGGACGGCCACAGCGAUUACGCCUACCAGCAGUCGCCCUACACGGAGCAGAGCUAUGACCGCUCGUUCGAGGAGUCCACGCAGCACUACUACGAAGGAGCCACAGCACAGAAUGCCCUGAGAGUCUCGGAAGUAGAAGACAAGGUUCCUUUGCCAGCGAUCCGGGAAGGGCGCACCACCCACCACUGCUGUUCCAAGCUGUUCUCGAAGGAGCUGGCCAGGCGCCCUCCAGCCCUGAUGGUCUGCCCAGGCACCCCCAGACCGUGCCUCCAGCCCUGAUGGUCUGCCCAGGCACCCCCAGACCAUGCCUCCAGCCCUGAUGGUUUCCCCAGGCACCCCCAGACCAUGCCUCCAGCCCUGAUGGUCUGCCCAGGCACCCCCAGACCAUGCCUCCAGCCCUGAUGGUCUGCCCAGGCACCCCCAGACCGUGCCUCCAGCCCUGGUGGUCUGCCCAGGCACCCCCAGACCAUGCCUCCAGCCCUGAUGGUUUCCCCAGGCACCCCCAGACCGUGCCUCCAGCCCUGAUGGUCUGCCCAGGCACCCCCAGACCAUGCCUCCAGCCCUGAUGGUUUCCCCAGGCACCCCCAGACCGUGCCUCCAGCCCUGAUGGUCUGCCCAGGCACCCCCAGACCAUGCCUCCAGCCCUGAUGGUCUGCCCAGGCACCCCCAGACCAUGCCUCCAGCCCUGAUGGUCUGCCCAGGCACCCCCAGACCGUGCCUCCAGCCCUGAUGGUCUGCCCAGGCACCCCCAGACCAUGCCUCCAGCCCUGAUGGUCUGCCCAGGCACCCCCAGACCGUGCCUCCAGCCCCCACAGAGCUGGCUGCUGGGGUUCACUGGCGCUUGUCCGUGCCGGGUCACCUGGGCGGUUCUCCAGGUGAUGAGAGCCAGGCUCUCCUCGCGCUGGAGCUGCUUCUCAGAGCCUGUGGCUCCAUCUGUUGAUGUUGGGCCUGUUAACAUCUAUUGUGCGCCUGCUGUGUACCAGGCAGAGCUGGCCAGUCUGAUGAAUCGUCGCCGUCAGCUGUUGUCGAAUAAAGAUUGUGAGAACGUGCAGGCUGCCAGACGCAUCCAAACCCUGAGAAACCUGCCACGGCGCCCAUCGGUUAUCAGGCGCCUGAUGAAGACCCAGGGACUUGGGGCCGGUGCUGCGGCGUAGCUGCUGGAGGCACUGCCUGCAACAGCGGGGUCCCCUGUCGGCACUGGUUCCGGCUGCUCCGCUCCCAUCCAGCUCCCUGCUGUGGCCUGGGAAAGCAGCAGGAGCGGCCCCUGCACCCGCGUGGGAGGCCCGGAAGCAGCUCCUGGCUCCAGCCUGGCCCAGCCCUGGCCUUUGUAGCCAUCUGGAGAGAGAGCCAGUGGGUGGAAGAUCUCUGUUCCUCUCGGUAGCUCUCACUGUCAACUAAACAAAUCUUAGGGAAAAAGGACUGAGGUCUGCCGCCCUCGCUGGAGGCCUCCUUUGCCUUGGCCGGGCGGAGGGAGGGGUGCCGGGGCCUCUCUGUCCGCAGUGCUGAGCGUCUGGAGGAGCCAAGGUGCUUCUCCCGCGCGCCCGCCCCGAGUGGGAGCCCCUGUUAGUUUAUUAUCUUUGCAACUAAUUGAGUUUCCCUAGUAGGUUCUUAAGCCUUUCCAGUGUGAGCUGUCUCUCAGUGAGGCUGGUAUUUUUAAAGUGUAGUACUAGGAUCCAGGUUUGUUUUUUUUUUUUUUUUUUUUUUUUUUUUUUUUGGCAGGCAGAGUGCACAGUGAGAGAGAGAGACAGAGAGAAAGGUCUUCCUUUGCCGUUGGUUCACCCUCCAGUGGCUGCUAUGGCUGGCACGCUGUAGCCGGCGCACCGCGCUGAUCCAAAGGCAGGAGCCAGGUACUUCUCCUGGUCUCCCAUGGGGUGCAGGGCCCAAGCACCUGGGCCAUCCUCCACUGCACUCCCUGGCCACAGCAGAGGGCUGGCCUGGAAGAGGGGCAACCGGGACAGAAUCCGGCGCCCCGACCGGGACUAGAACCCGGUGUGCCGGCGCCGCAGGCGGAGGAUUAGCCUUGUGAGCCACGGCGCCGGCUGAGAUACAGUUUUAAAAUACUUAAAGUUUACACUGUAAGGAAAGUUUGUCACAGCCAGAAAAUUGGAAAAGUGGGUUUUUGGACUCUCCCAAUACCAGCUUCACAGUCUGGCCUCUUACUGUGCGUCUCCAUUAUCUCCUAGGACACUUUAAAAAAAGAAAAAAGAUUUAUGUACUUUAUUUGAAAGGCAGAGUUGCAGAGUCACAGAGAGAGAGAGAGAGAGAGAGAGACAGCUCUUCCGUCUGCUGGUUCACUCCCCAAAUGGCCACAACAACCAAGGCUGGGCCAGGCCAAAGCCAGGAGCUUUGGUUCUCCUGUGUGGAUGCAGGGCCCCAGGCACUUGGGCCGUUUUCCACUGCUUUCCCAGGCCGUUAGCCUGGGAUGCCAGCACUACAGGCGGCAGCUUUACCAGCUACAGCACUGGCCCCCAAGUUUAUCUGAGACAGGACACUAGCUCCCAUCUGCCAACUGAAUCCCAAAUGACCACGGUGGUGUAGGCUGGGUAGAGGCUGAAGCAGGAGCCAGGAACUCCAUCCGGGUCUCCCUUGGGGACGCUGGGACCCGAGUGCUUGAGCCAGCACUGCUGUGUGCACUCCAGGAAGCCGAGACCGGGAGCCAGAGCUGGGACUCAGACCCAGGCCCUCCAGUGUGGCGUGGCGUCGUGAUCAGCGCGUGAGCCACUGGGCCGGGAGCCGUUUCUGGGAUUUGCCUGCUGGUGCUGGACCGACCUCACCCAGCCACAGGAGUGCACACGGUGCCCUCGGCGUGUGUGGUGGAGCAAAGCCCACAGAGAGCAAGGCUGCGCUGAGAGUCUGCUGUUCGUAAGGGUGCCGCGAGGCCGUGGGUGGAGCUCCGGCCUCGGGACGCCUCCCACAAGACUCCCACGUCCUGGCUGAUGGUCCCCCUGAACUCGGCGAUGACUCGGAGCCAUGGUUACUCUCUCCUGAGAGCAGCUUAGGCCCUUCUCUCCGCCAUCAGCCUUCUUCCACAAUGAGGCAUUUAGCGGGGGUCUGCCUCGCCUGAACCUCCACCCAGCCCUGGGAGGAGGGGUGUCCUACCGCCACUCACGGGAGCCCCCGGUGGCGCCGUGCGCGUUUCCCAGCCAGGGCCCUGCCAAUGCUGGCUGCCGGUUCUCAUCCGUGCUGCUGCUCUCGACUGCGGGGACGACCAGAGGAUGGCCUGCCUCGCGACCUGUACGCAGGACAUGCCUCGCUCGGCUCCGCCUGGGCGCGGUGCCCCGGCCUCGGCCUCGGGUCCCAGGGCUGCGCCUCCCUGCCUGGGGUUUCCCUCACAGCGGAGUCUGCAGGGGCCUGUGCUCCUGGGAGCGGGCCGGCUGUGCUGGCCUCCUGGGGCUGCCAUAGCCAAGGACCACAGCACCCACCUCUGCAUGUUCUGUAGGCCGGAGUGCUGGAUCGGAGGGUCACUGGGCGGGUUCCUCCUGGGGGCUCCAUAGGAAUCCGCCCCAGUGCCCCUGCUGCUGCUGGGGGCCGUCUGCGUCCCUGGCCUGUGCAGGCCUCGCUGCCGGCCCUGCCUGCUCCCCCGGGCCCCGGGUCCACGUUGCCCUCUGCUCCGGACUCACCAGUCCCACUGCUCAGAGCCCGGGCGUAGGACUUGCGCGCGUGCGCUUGGGGCGCUGUGUGUCUUCGCUGUAGCGGGAACCGUUUCGUUUCUCUGGCUUCCCGUCUGUGAAGUUACACGAGAACACGCAGCAGCGGUGCUGGAAUCGUGAAACAGGACACCCCGACGCAGACCCGGGUCAGGGACUCCCAGUGCCCGUGCGGCAGGCGGGGAACCGGGGGCCGGCGUUCCUGCCUGCGAAUGAGCUCCCUGCCUCCC